AUGUACCACGACCUAAGCGCGGCGGGCGCGCUCGUCAAAGUUCAAGGGGAUCACCCUCCUCCCGCGGCAGAAGCCGCGGCACGUCAAGAGGCGAAAGACGAAGAGGCGCUAGCUGGGGAGAUGGCCGCGCGCAAGCGCGCGGAGUUUUACUUCGGGAAGAGAUUUCAGGUGAGGGAGUGCUUUGCACUGCAAGACAAGAACGCAGGGGAAACGACUGCCAAAAGUUACUUCGGGAAGAGAUUACAAGUCCUGGACUGGAGCCCCCCGGAGGACGACGACGACGCGGACGAGCAGAUGGUGUACCCGGACGCGGCGUGUUCACACCUCACGGAGGACGGCGACGAAGGCGAGUACACCGCCGAGUACCAGGUCGCCCGAUUCGACCGGCAGUGGGGCUCGUGUUACGCCCAAAAAAAAGCAAAGUGGGGAAAGAAAGGCUCCGGUUGA